CGCGCGCGCGCAGUUGAGCGAGAAAGUGGGGGACGGAGUGAUGUUCUCCCGCCGGAGAACAGAGCCUGACUCCGGCCAGCCAGUCAUCAGCGGCAGCAGCGGCGGAGGCAGCGCUGUCCUCCCCACCGUCGGCGCCACCGCCACCCGCCCCGCACACACACACCCGGGCUGGCGAAACUGUCAAUGAGAAAAGGAGUGUGCAUCAGGCGCGGAGCACAUAAAAUCGCUCAGGGUUUCUACAACAAGGACCCAAAGACCGGAGGGUACUCUGUAUGCCGUCGGCGGCAUGGCGGCGGGGGCAGAGAGAGAGAGAGAGACAGAGGGAGGCGUGCGCGCGCGUUUCCUCGCAGGAGCGGCGCUUUGGGACUGUGAUGUCUGACGGACGCGGAGAGAUGCUGUGAGCUCUGGUAUUAGCAGAGCCAGCUGCGCACCCACCGAGCCGCUCUGUCCCCUCCCUCCCCGCAUCUCAUCCCCAGCAUUCCUGCUCUCUCUCCCAAGCGCCGACCAUUCGCUCAAAGAGGGGAAUCGGCUCCACACGGCUCGCUUCGCUCACUUGGGUCCCGCGCGAAGAUUUUGGCAGAGAACUGUUCUUUUUCCUGUGGAAGACAACUGGAUUUAAAAGUCUUUCAACCUCUGGACAAACUGUGGUUUUAGUGAUUGUGAACUCGGCUUCUGUUCUGUCAUUCAGCGCCUGAAUAUGCUUGGCUCGCCCAUACUCCAUUACAAGCCAACCUCUUCUUUCAGCCGAUGAUAAAAACAAUCCACCGGAUUGCCAUCCAUGGUUUCUGCGCUAAUCAAGACUGUGUUAUUCUAUAUUGAAAAGAUUUGCAAAGGAAUGUUUACAAAGAAAUUGGCAAACCCAAUUAAGAAGAAAGAAAGAAGUGAAAAUAAAGAGCCCAAAUUAACCGCUGAUUUGCAAGCACAUAAUCUAACUCUCUCAACCACUCUAAAGACAACUGUCAAAAAGGUUUCCAAAUGCUCUUCGGCACGUAACAUAUCGCUUGAAGAGGACGACGGAAAGAACGACUGCUCAUCGUUGUCACCCACUUUCAGCUAUCGUGUAGCUAUAGCAAAUGGACUCCCAAAAAGUUCUCUUUUUCUAAAUAAUAAUGAAAGUAUCUUUUCUGAGGUUCUUUCGAUUGACAGCAGUUACUCUGACUCCUUGAGUGAGACCAAACCUGUCCGGAGACUAGAUGAGCAUAAAUCACACACUAUGCCAGUAAGACGAAACAGGAAGAGCCUCAUCAGUCUAGCUCCCUCUGAUGGCAGUUCGGAGGGGGAACGGGUGGAACGCUCUAGUUUACAUACGCUUAGGCUGGGGGCUCUACGUAAGUUAAGGAAAUGGAAAAAAAGCCAGGAAUGUGUCUCCUCAGACUCCGACGUGAGCAAUUGGAGGAAAACCCUGGGCAUUCGAAGCAAAUCUCUGGACCGUGCUGGAAGACAACAAAAGAGUUCUACCCUAGAGCCUGGCUCUUCCUCAACAGGUUGCAUCAGUCAGACGCAGGAUGUAAUGGAAAUGAUUUUUAAGGAGCUUCAGGGGAUCAGUCAAAUAGAAACGGAACUAUCUGAGCUUCGUGGCCAUGUAAAUGCCCUUAAGAGCUCAAUUGAUGAGAUCUCCAGCAGUGUGGAAGUAGUUCAGAGUGAGAUUGAACAGCUUAGAUCAGGAUUUGUCCAGUCAAGAAGGGAAACAAGAGAUAUCCAUGACUACAUUAAACAGAUUAGCCACCAGGCCAAUAAUUCAACCUUGCGGUUUCUCAAUGUUCCUGAAGAAAGAUCAGAAAAAACAGAGAGUGUAAUAUACAAAAUAUUGAAAGAGAAAAUGGGUUUCACUGAUGCCCAUAAAACAAUUAAAAUUGAGCUAGCUCACAGGUUAGGGCAACAAAGAGAAUGUUCUAAUGCGAAGCCUCGUCCUAUUAUUGUCAUUUUUGCAACACCCCAAGACAGAGACGUAGUCCUUAAGAAAUGCUACAAACUCAAAGGUACAGGGAUUACAGUAUCUACUGAUAGUUUAACAAAUGAUGGAAAAGACAGGAAAGACAAAACAAUGUCAUCCUCUCAAACAUAUGAAAGUAUGGAUAUAAAAGUCUCAGGAAAGGAGAAAGUAGUAGAAAGUGAUGACUGGGAUUCAAUGGACAGUGAUAAAGAGCUGGAUGAGUUAAGCAGGAAUAAAUAUGCAAUGGUUAUUUCAAAGCCUGUUCACAAGUCCAAAUCAGAGAAGAGGCGAUCCCAUGACCACAGCAGGUCAGGAGACGUAGCAGGCUACUCAGGAACAGUCCACUAUGCUGACGACUCUUACUAUGACACAGACAAGCAUGCAAAGGCUUACUACUCUGAUAUGACCCCAGGAUGGCUUUCCCAGAGCGAUUAUUCAACUCCAAAACUUAGUCGUUCAGAGUCUGACUGUUCAAAACUUUGCCAGUCGUACUCUGAAGAUUUUUCAGAAAGUCAAUACUUCACACGAGCAAAUGGUGGCUCCCUCCUUUCCUCCUCAGAUCAAGAACUGUGGCAGAGAAAACAAGAGGACAUGGCCUCCUCUUGGUAUGCUAGCCCCAGCCAUCCUCAUGAUAAUCAAACAUAUGAACAUAAUGAAGUUGAGACUACUGAAACUAUUGAUAGUGGGGUUAGCAAUGGACUUGUCUGCAUGUCCGGUGAUAGAAGCCACUACAGUGGCUCACAGGUAUCAUUACAAGGUGAUCUUUCACCAUGGAAAGACUGGCAUCAUCUGGAGCAAGGAGCUGACUCUGGCUUAGAAGCUUCAAUAGAGGUCAGUAGCCCUUUUGACCCAUCAACUAUUCCUGGAUUUCCAGAGAACAUUACCAAGUGUCAGGAGGUUGAUUUGCAGUUUGAAGGAGAUGAGGAGUUUAUGAUGCUUGACAGAGAAGCUUCUUUACCUCCUAUCACCACCCAUAUUAUUCCUCCCAUCACAGAACGGGAAGUUGUCAAGACUUCUUCCCGGCAGUCAAGGGAAGGAUGUAAGGUGAUCACAAAAGAAAGCACAAAGAUAUCAUCAAAAGAAGCCUCUAAAGCUGCAGCAAAAGUGACGCCCAAAACAAGUAAAGUCACUACUCCUAAAGAGGAGACAUCUAAAAUAUUGGCAAAAGAAAACACAAACGUUUCGGCUAAAGGUUCACCUAAAGUGACAUCUAAAACAUCCCCUAAAGAAUUACAGAAAGAAACAUUAAAAUCAGCUGUUAAAGAAAGCUCUCAAGUCGUCCAUAAAGACAAUUCUAAAUUUAUACCCAAAGAAACUACUAAGCCUAUAGGUAAGGAAGUAUCUAAAGUGACAAAGUUAAGUUCCAUUGAAACGGCUAAGGUCACUCCUAAAGCAAUCUCAAAAGACAGCCCUGUAAUCACACCUAGAGAAAGCCCUAAAGAGUCGCCCAAAGAGAGCCCUAAAAUAACUCCAAUUGAUACCCCUGUCUUGACUCCAGAUUCAACCCCUAGAGAGUCCCCUAAAGAAUCCCCUAAAGUCAUUCCCAAAGAACCCCCUAAAGUAAUUCCUAAAGAAUCCCCUAAAGUAAUUCCUAAAGAAUCCCCCAACAUCAUACCUAAGGAAUCCCCCAAAGUCAUUCCUAAGGAAUCCCCCAAAGUAACUCCUAAAGAAUCCCCCAAAGUAAUUGCUAAAGAACCCCAGAAAGUAAUUUCUAAAGAGGGUAUAAAGGCUGUUACUAAAGAAAUUACCAAAGAAGCUUUAAAAUCAUCACCAAAAGAGGUUCCAAAAGAGGUGACUAAAGCGCCACCUAAGGAAACCACUACAGUACCUGCUCAGGAGGUUUCUAAGAUUCUACCUAAGGAAGUUUCAAACAUAGCUCCUGAAGAGAGUUCUAAAGUGACCCCCAACGAGCCUUCUAAAGUAUCUCCAACAGAUGUUCCCUUGGUAGCACCUAAAUCAGUUUCUAAAGAUGUUGCCAAGGGACCCUCAAAAACAGGUGCCAGUGAAAAAUUCCCUGAACUUGAUGUUAAUCAUAGCUUUCACCAGGCCCCAAGCAAGUCCUCAAGUAUGUACCGUAGCCAGAGUGAGAUACGAACAGAGAAAGUGGAGGAGGUUCCAAAAACCUGGAGUAGUAGACUUAGUAUCGAUCUAAGUGAAAAGUCCUUUGGCUUUGGCUUUGGAUCCACUCUCCAAAGAGCUAAGUCUGCUCUGGAGGUUGUUUGGAAAUCUGGCUCCCAAGCCACCCCUGCUCCUCCAGAGGAACAAACAAACUCUUCUUCCUCAUUUAUGGGGCGUUUCCGAACACUCUCCACCUCUACUGCAAAUAGUUCCCCUGCUACAACAGAACCGGAUGCUCGUGCGGAACCUGUCUUCAGCAAGGCGGAGGAGGAAAAUACAAUUGCAGGAACAGGAGAACUAUCUGUGGAUAGUGAGACUCACUACGUUGAAGUGAUGGAGCAGGUACUAGCUAACCUGGAAAACAGGACUAAUAUUAACGAGAACCAGGACACAGAUGAGCUUGCGCAGGAAUGUGAGACUUCUCAGGACUAUGAUGUGUCUGACGACAUUGAGCCCUCUCAAGACAAUGAUGCCUCUCAGGAUCUUGAGGCAUCGCAGGAUUUGGAGGCCCCGGGUGAUUUUGAUGCAAGUAACGAAACCCGAGUUUUGGAGUAUGAUUGCAGCUUGGACGAUCAGUACGUAGAAGAGUACAGCGAGGAUUAUGACAACCAACUCACCGAGGACACUGCAGAAUACGAUGCAAUGGUUGAGUAUGUGGAUGUUGAAGAGCCUGAUGAGACUGAGGAUAACGAUGUAACAGAGGAGAUGGAAGAGGGUGCAGAAGAGUUGUACGAGGUAGAGGAAAUAGCAGAGGAGGCUGUUGAAGUUUCUGAUAAAGAGGAACAACAACCACAACAGGAGGAGGAGGAUGACAACAAGAAUGUUCCAGAGGAGAAGCCGGUGGAGACGCCACCCAAGAAGCGUCUCCGACCCACGUUCAAGGAGGCUGCACUGAGAGCUUACAGGAAACAGAUGGCUGAACUGGAGCAGCAGAUUCUGGCAGGAGACGCCAGUGCUUUGGAUACUCAGCCUCGCAGUAUUUUGGAUCCCAAAUUGCUUGGUUUGCAGACCGGAGGGGCUGGCAGUAUUCUUUAUGGUAUUGACAGCAUGCCAGAUCUGCGCCGCAAAAGGACAGUGCCUCUUGUCCGAGACCUGGCUUUGACCCUCACUGCUCGAAAGGCAGGCAUCUCGUUUGCUCUGGUGAACAGGUCAACCCUGAACAACGAGGAACUGAAACUGCAUGUCUUCAAGAAAACCCUCCAGGCCUUGAUCUACCCAAUUUCCUCGACUACACCCCACAAUUUUGAGGUGUGGACGGCGACCGCUCCCACCUACUGCCACGAGUGCGAAGGCCUGCUGUGGGGGAUCGCCCGCCAGGGCAUGCGCUGCUCGGAGUGCGGCGUCAAAUGCCACGAGAAGUGCCAGGACCUGCUCAAUGCGGACUGUUUACAAAGGGCUGUGGAGAAAAGUUCCAAGCAUGGGGCAGAAGACAAGACUCAAAAUAUCAUCAUGGCUAUGAAGGAGCGUAUGAAGAUCAGGGAGAAGAACCGCCCAGAAGUGUUUGAGGUGAUCCAGGAGAUGUUCCUCGUCUCGAAAGAAGAAUUCGCUUCCCAUCUGAAGACGGCCAAGCAGGCCGUGCUGGACGGGACCUCCAAAUGGUCUGCCAAAAUCACCAUAACAGUCAUGUGUGCGCAGGGAUUACAGGCCAAGGAUAAGACGGGAUCCAGCGACCCAUAUGUCACAGUCCAGGUGGGGAAGACCAAACGCAGAACCAAAACCAUCUUUGGCAACCUCAACCCUGUCUGGGAUGAAAAGUUCCACUUCGAAUGCCACAACGCUACCGACCGAAUAAAGGUGCGUGUUUGGGACGAAGAUGACGACAUCAAGUCACGGGUGAAGCAACACUUCAAGCGCGAGUCAGACGACUUCCUGGGCCAGACCAUCAUCGAGGUUCGCACGCUCAGCGGAGAGAUGGAUGUUUGGUACAAUCUGGAUAAGAGGACCGACAAGUCUGCAGUGUCCGGCGCCAUCAGACUCAAGAUCAGUGUUGAAAUGAAAGGGGAGGAGAACGUGGCUCCCCCUCAUGGCCAGUACACGUGUUUACAUGAGAACCUGUUCCACUACCUGACCGAAGUGAAGAGCGGCGGCGUGGUGAAGAUCCCGCAGGUGAAAGGGGACGACGCGUGGAAGGUCUACUUUGACGACGUGUCUCAGGAGAUAGUGGACGAAUUUGCCAUGAGAUACGGGGUGGAGUCCAUCUAUCAGGCUAUGACGCAUUUCUCCUGUCUGUCUGCCAAAUACAUGUGUCCCGGCGUGCCCGCCGUGAUGAGCAGCCUGCUCGCCAACAUCAACGCCUACUUCGCUCACACGACCACCACCACCACCACCACCGCCUCCGCAUCUGACCGCUUCGCCGCCUCCAACUUUGGGAGGGAAAAAUUCGUCAAAUUGCUGGACCAGCUGCAUAACUCUCUGAGGAUCGACCUUUCGAAAUACCGGGACAACUUCCCGGCAGGAAACCCGGAGCGUCUCCAGGAUCUGAAGUCCACCGUUGACCUGCUUACGAGCAUCACUUUCUUCAGAAUGAAGGUGCAAGAGCUCCAGAGUCCACCAAGGGCCAGCAUGGUCGUAAAGGACUGCGUGAAAGCUUGUUUAGACUCUACGUACAAAUACAUUUUUGACAACUGUCAUGAGCUCUACAACCAGCUUCUCGACCAGAGCCGGAAACAGGAGCUUCCCAGAGAGGAGCAGGGUCCGUCUAUAAAGAACCUGGACUUCUGGCCAAAACUCAUCACUCUUAUGGUAUCAGUAAUCGAUGAGGACCGCACAGCCUACACACCAGUCAUUAAUCAGUUUCCGCAGGAAUUGAGCGCGGGAAAAAUCAGCGCCGAGAUCAUGUGGAACCUGUUUGCACAGGAUAUGAAGUACGCGAUGGAAGAGCAUGAUAAGCAUCGCCUAUGCAAAAGCACGGAGUACAUGAACCUUCACUUCAAAGUCAAAUGGUUCCAUAACGAGUACGUCCGCGAUCUGCCGGCCUUCAAGGAUGUUCCACCGGAAUAUUCUCUGUGGUUCGAACCCUUCGUCAUUCAGUGGCUCGAUGAGAACGAAGUCGUUGCCAUGGACUUCCUCAACGGAGCACUUGAAAGAGACAAGAAAGACGGCUUCCAGCAAACCUCGGAGCACGCCCUCUUCUCCUGCUCCGUGGUGGACGUGUUCACUCAACUAAACCAGAGCUUUGAGAUUAUCAAAAAGCUGGAAUGCCCAAACCCGCAGGCUCUGGCGCAUUUCAUGUGCCGUUUUGCGAAGACUAUCAACAAGGUUCUCUUGCAAUAUGCUGCAAUCAUUUCCAAGGAGUUUCCAUUGCAUUUGAACAAGGAGAACGUGCCGUGCAUAAUCCUCAACAACAUCCAGCAACUUCGAGUCCAGCUAGAGAAGAUGUUUGAGUCCAUGGGUGGGAAGCAGGAGGAGGGGGUUGUCUCCUUCUGUAAGCUGGAUGCAGAGGCCAGUGAUCUGCUAAAGGAGCUGCAGAAUAAACUCAACACAGUCCUGGAUGAGCUCAGCGGGGUGUUUGGCUCCAGCUUUAAACCUGUAAUCGAGGACUGCGUGAAGCAGAUGAACCAGGAGCUGGUCCAGAUGAAAGGGCCAAUUAAAGGGAGCAAUCCUGCCAUGGAUGCAGAAACCGUCUUACGGCCUCUUAUGGACCUUCUGGAUAAGAACUUGAUGUUGUUCGCCAAGAUCUGUGAGAAGACCGUGCUGAAGAGAGUCCUCAAAGAGCUCUGGAAAAUAGUUCUGAACACCAUCGAGAGAACAAUCGUUCUGCCUCCGCUUAGUGACCAGAGCCAACAAGGAGCUCAGAUGAUCUUUAGUGCUGCCAAGGACCUGGGACAGCUGUCCAAACUGAAGGAGCAUGUCAUCCGAGAGGACACCAGAAGUCUGACGCCUCGCCAAUGUGCCGCCAUGGACCUUGUGCUUCCCACAAUCAAGCAAUACUUCCAUGCUGGUGGGAAUGGACUGAAGAAAACCUUCCUGGAAAAGAGCCCUGACAUGAAAUCGCUCAAAUAUGCUCUCAGCCUUUACACUCAACCUACAGAUGCCUUGAUCAAAAAGUAUAUAUGCACCCAAAACUCUCAAGGUCAGUCAUCCAACGGAUCCGUGGGGGAGGUGUCAAUGCAAGUGACUCUCAUCUCUCACCCUGGCACAGGAGAACACAAAAUCAGCGUUAAGGUGGUUGGCGUAAACAAGCUCAUGUGGCAGACCAAUGCCAUGUUCCGGCCGUUCGUGGAGGUCAGCGCCAUUGGUCCACAUCUGGCUGACAAGAAGCGCAAAUUUAGCACCAAGACCAAGAACAACAACUGGUCGCCAAAGUACAAUGAAACAUUCCAGUAUAUUCUGAGUAACGAACACGGUCCGGAGGUCUACGAGCUCCACGUCUCGGUGAAGGAUUACUGCUUUGCCCGCGAGGACCGCAUCAUCGGCAUGACGGUCAUCCCGCUCCGGGAGCUGGCGGAGAAGGGCAGCUGCUCGGCCUGCUACCCGCUGGUAAAGAGCAUCACCAUGGACGAAACGGGCCUCACCAUCAUGAGGAUACUCUCUCAAAGGACCAACGACGAGGUGGCCAAAGAGUUUGUGCGUCUCAAGACGGACACCCGAUCAGCGGAGGAAGUGUCAUAGUCCGGAGUAAACUAGGCAAAAAAAAAACAAAACAACCCGAAAAACAAAAAAAAAUUGAGGUAUUAAGAGUCGUGUCGUCUUCAGAACGGAUAGAUGCAGGGGGAAGCGUAGAGAGAGCAUGGCCGCGCGCCCCGUUGUUUGGGAUAGAUGCCGGAUGCGGCAUCAGAACGAGUUCAUCCAAAGAGAAGGGAAGCCGGCCCAAACGUGGCGAAGCAGCGAGAGCGAGAGUCGUGUUCGUUUGUUUUUUGUGCAUGUGCGUAAAAACAUCUGUUGGAAUGUUCAUUUUAAAACUAAAAGUAUGUACAAGUGUUUACUUACCGUAUGCUCACUAUUAAGUACUAUAUUCUACGAGUUAUUGUAAUGAGACAUGGAUACCUUUUGUACAACAUUUAGUCUUUUUGAGCAGAGAUUUGUUCCAAUAAAGUGCCAAACCAGUGAAAAAAAACAAAAACAAAACAUAAACAACAAAAUUAACAUAUAUGAAUUAUGGUGAAGUUAGUAUGUAUGAAAUUUGCUCGGUUAUUUUGUCUGGUGUAAGUAAUUUUCUGACCGUGUGGCGUUUUGAUUGUUGCAGACGUCUUGAUUUCGCACCCUUGGUUUGAAUUUACUUUCUUUUUUUUUCCGGCUUCCUGUUUUUCCACUCUGCACUGUUGUGCAUGUCUUCUUUCUCAAUCAUGUCUUUCCCCUGAUUCCACAGUGACCGCCGAGCAGGGUCCUGUCCCUCGCCUUUCAAAACUGUUUGUAUUUUACGUCGACCUGAAGUCAGAUUGUGUGUGUUUUUUUUUGUUUGUUUGUUUGUUUGUUUUUUUAAAAUGGCGAUGACUGCUAUGUAAACCCUCGUAGAUGUUUGUAAUUUUAUAACCAUGACAACGUUGGCGAGAGCCUCCAGUGCUAACAGUCUUAGCAUAAAAGAGUGGAAUUUCUCUCUCUUUUUUUUUUUUUAGCGUUUCGUUUUGUGUUUUUCCAAGUUAUUUUUUCGCGUCCAGCCUUCCUGAACGACCACUGUGAACAUGAGCUUUGGAAGGCAAGCUUAACACGACAUUGCUUACACUUUGCUAUUGUUUUGUAUUUUUCCUCCAACAACUUUGCUCCUGAUAAACUGCCAAAGUUAUAUUAAAUAUUUGUACCAGAGCAAUUCAUUACAUGUAUGAAGGCAUAUAUGUAACGUGAUCUAUUUUUUUUUCCCAUGGCUUGAUAUUUGAUUGUUGAUAGGGUGGUACUAAGAUUUUUUUUGUUUGUUUUUUAUUUCCUGUGAAGCUGUUUAAAACUAUAAAAGUUGCACAUGUAAUUUUACACAUUGGUUAUUUCGACUUUAAGCAUUGGAAUUAUUUUUCUUCAUAAAGGAAAGAGUCUAACAUUUGGUAAAUAUGCAACAUUCCUAUGUAUUGCACUGAUGGCAAAUUGUAUGUCAUGUAAAUAUAUUUAGUGAGAUAUUGUAAAAAAAAAAGGAAAAAAGUCUACUUUUCUUCUAUGUGCAUAAAGUUUGUGCGAAAGUGUUA